AUGCCGAAAGUUCGACGAAAACGAUUAAGUACAGCAAGAAAUCGUCUAAGCCGACCGAAGAAACUUUUAACCAAGGCUGCAACGACUUCCAAUCAACAAAUAAAAGCUGUUUAUUUUGACCUUGUUGCUCAACCCAAUGGCUCGAUUAAAUCAAAAUCAACAGGCAAAUUUAUUCAAUUGUCGAAACCACCAAGAAAUUUGAAAGUGUCUGAUGAUUGGGAUGUUAAAUCAGGCGAUGUACUUUCAUGGAGUGAAGGUCGACCAACUGAAACUUUUUUUGUCACAUCAGAAGGAACACUUUUAAAGAAUCCUGAUACAUCUGGUUCAGGCUAUUUAACAAUACCACUAUCAAUAACUUCUCAAUUUGCUGAUGCUGUUGAUUAUUUUUCUUCAGUUUUAGAUUCUAUUGGGCGUAAUUAUGUUUCAUCGAUUGAACUUGCACCAACUGAUUCAUUUUUUAAGAAACAGUUUUCGAAAGCACUUCCACCAUCGAUCAAAAAUCGAACUGAUUUAUCAUAUUCAUUGGAUCCAAACGAUGAAGUUCUCUAUGUUACACUUUCAUCAAAACCUAAUCAAUCUCAAAACUUUCAAUUAGCAACAACUAAAAUAGAAGAUAUUAUUCAAUGGAUUUCAACAAGCAAUGAAACAAAAGUUAAAUUUAAUGUUAAAUUCGAUUUCGAAGGAAAAGAAACAUGCAGUAAAGUACCUCAUGGUAUUAUCACGGGUUUACCAGUUGGAUGGAAAUGCGAACAACAAGGUUCAUUAUUAUAUGGUGAAAAUAUAAUACAAGGCGAAUGGAGAUGUGAAGGACCAGAAAAAACGAAAGAAAAAGCACGAAAAGCGAUUGAGAAGCAUUAUAAAGGGCUUGAUAUUGAAAUAAAAUAA